AUGUCUACAAACGGCACAAAGACCCUCGACCUCAAGGAAAACUACGUCCAGAUCAUCAAUGGCAAAAGCGCCCCGACUCAGAAGACCCACCAGGGUAUAAACCCGGCUACACUUGAAAAGAAGCCUGAAGUUCCUGUUGCUUCCCAAGAUGACCUGAACAAGGCUGUAGAUGCUGCAAGACAGGCCUUCAAGUCUUGGUCCAAGGUUCCUUGGGCAGAGCGUAGACAGAAGCUUUUUGCUUGGGCUGAUGCUGUCGAGGCGCAAAAGAAAGAAUUUGCAGAGUUGCUCACUUCGGAGCAAGGAAAGCCAGUUGCGCAAGCUAACGGCGAGGUUGACGCUGCUGUUGCUUGGAUCAAAGGCCAAGCGAGCCUUGAUCUUACCGAAGAGGUCGUCGAGGAUAGCGAUACUCGAAAGGUCAUCACCCGAUACACACCUCUUGGUAUUGUCGCUGCUAUCGUUCCCUGGAACUUUCCUCUCAUGCUUGCUGCUUCUAAAAUCGCUCCCGCUCUGUUGACUGGAAAUGUCAUCAUUGUCAAGCCUUCUCCAUUCACCCCAUACUGUGGAUUGAAGCUCGUUGAACUUGCGCAGCAGUUCUUCCCUCCUGGCGUCGUGCAGUCACUCAGCGGAGAUGAUAACCUUGGACCAUGGAUCACCAGUCAUCCAGGCAUUGACAAGAUCAGUUUUACUGGGUCUACACAUACUGGAAAGUUGGUCAUGCAGAGUGCUGCCAAGACACUAAAGCGUGUGACCCUUGAGCUUGGUGGAAACGAUGCUGCAGUUGUUUUUGCAGAUGUUGACAUUGACGCAGUGGCCCAAAAGGUCUCAACCUUGGCGUUUAUGAACUCUGGUCAGAUUUGCCUCAACGUCAAACGCAUCUACGUUCAUGAAUCCAUCUACGAGAAAUUCCGCGACGCAGUUGUCAAGCAUGUCAAGAGCUACAAGCUUGGCGAUGGAUCAAAUGAGGGAACCAGCCACGGCCCUGUGCAAAAUGAGAUGCAAUACAACAGAGUCAAGACCUUCUUUGAGGAUAUCGAAAAGCAAGGAUGGAAAGUUGCCACGGGAGGAAAGUUCGAUCCCGAGCCCAAGGAUGGGUAUUAUAUCACACCAACUGUGAUUGAUAACCCACCUGAGGAUUCACGGAUUGUUGUCGAGGAGCCAUUUGGCCCCAUUCUUCCUCUUCUGUCCUGGAAAGAUGAAGAGGAGGUUAUCGAGCGCGCCAACGAUACACGACUUGGAUUGGGUGCUUCGGUCUGGUCAGCUGAUCUGGAGACAGCUGAGCGAGUUGCGAAGCAGCUCGAUGCAGGAACUGUUUGGGUCAAUACUCAUUUUGAUAUCACACCGAUGGCACCAUUUGGUGGACACAAGGAGUCUGGUAUUGGAGCCGAAUGGGGUAUCAACGGCCUUAAAGGCAUGUGUAAUGUGCAGAGUUUGUUCUUGAGCAAGAUUGCUGCUUAG